AUGUCGAAAGAGCGCACUCCUGUUUUAUCAGGCGCAAUUCCUGCGUUCGAAAUGUUCAUGACGGCAUGGGAGCAACUUGGGACAGCACACCCCCACUUGGCCCAAUGGACAGAUAUCGGUAUCGACUGGGCAACAACUUACUACAAGAAAAUGGAUGAUUCGCCUGCCUACGUUAUUGCGAUGUCCUCGCAGCAAGAGAGGCGAAGCUGGCAUGAUUUAGCUGGACAAUACGGGCUCGAAGAUAUGAUGGACGUUACAGGUGCUUCUUCGCAGCAGGUCCAAGGGGUUGAAGAACAAUUUGAGUUGUACGAAAAUGGGCUGCUCUCACCGCGUGGCACAGAUAUUGUAGGGUUUUGGGCGAUAAGUGAUAAAACUCAUCCAACAUUGUACACGAUGGCAUUAGAUUAUUUGCCCAUUCAAGCAUCCUCGGUUCCUUCCGAGCGCGUUUUUUCAUCCAGUGCCGAAACUGAUACAAAGCGGCGAAAUCGAAUCCACCCUGUUCUAAUGGAGGCGCUUCAAAUGUUAAAGUUUUCGCUCAAGCAGCAACGGCUAAACUUUACGGAGGGAUGGGCUGUCACAGAAGACGAACUCGAGUACUACGCAGAUGACAACAAAGAUUCAGUGGAUUUGUUAGGGAAGCUAACUUCAGAAAUUACGGAGGAUGGUAUAGAUAUUGAUGAGGUAAUUCACGUUAUUGGACAGGAUGACGAGGAUUGA